UGUGUGUUGGGAGGGUGGGGCGUAUCUUUGAGCCCAUGCUGUGGCCGAUGUGCCGCCUUGUGUGUCUUUUUUGUUUCCCGAUGCUUCUGAACGGGCUCGCCAGCUGGAGUUGAGCGCUCAGCGAGGCAGGAGUGGCGCGGGUGCCCAGCAGCCUGUGCCCACCAUGGACCUGGACGAUGGCCACGAGGCGCGCUUGCUGUUCGGAAAGGCUCACGGCUCCAGCAAUCCGGCCAUGUUAAUCAUCGGGGCUGAGGACGAGGAGUUUGAGAAUGACAUCGAUCCGACGGUGGAUGAUUAUUGCAGCCACUUCCAAUGCAUUGAUUUGCUGAAGGAUCGGCCGACCUACCUGAUCAUCUUUCUCCAUCACGUUAUCCUGCAGUUCGACGCCUCGCAUGUGCUGUGUUAUCUCCAUGGGGAGAUGUUUAAAGGAGCCAAUGUCAAAGAUUCUCGCAGAAUGUUUGUGGAUUAUUUUCACACCUUUCUGGAUAGAGGAGCGGUUCUCAAGGUACCAGUUCCACAUGAUAUCUCUUUUGAGCUGGACCGCUGCCGUCCUGAUCUGCUUUGCGACGAAGGUGUGAAAAAGAUUGUUAAAGAUAUGCAGAAAGUCACUGCUGUGGAGAUAUACAGCCAGCUGGAAGAUUUCAGGAACAAGCGGAUGAUGGGGAUGACCAUCGGAGAAAAGGAAUUGUCCGAACUCGAUUGCGAACGCCAGAUGGACCCAGCGGCCUACGAAAUGAAAGAGAGGAUGUUGGCGGAACAGCUGUUACCCAAGGUCGAGGAGGCCACCCUGGAAUAUACUGAAUGACCCAGCCUCGAAUAUACUGAAUGACCCAGCCUCGAGAGCCCUCUGUGGCAAAGAAUUGAACAGAUUCACUCCCCUCUGAGAGAAGAAAUUCCUCCUCAUGUCUGUACUACAUGGGUGACCCCUUAUUCUGAGAUUACUCCUGGUGGUCUUACAAGCUCUCUGCAUCUACCCUAUCAAACCCUCCAAGAAUCUCGUACGUUUCAACAAGGUCACCUCUUGUUCCAAACUCCAAUGAGUACCGGCUCAAUCUCACCAAGUUUUACACAGAUGCGCCAUAGAAAGCAUUCUAUCUGAGUCCAUCACAGCUUGGUAGACAACUGCUCUGCCAUAAGAAACUGCAGAGAGUUGUGAACACGGCCCAGUCCAUCACACAAGCCAACCUUCCAUCCGUUGACUCAAUCUACACUUCUCGCUGCUUCGGGAAGGCGACCGACAUCAUCAAAGACCCCUCUCACCUCGGUGAUCAUCUCUUCCAACCUCUUCCGUUAGGCAGAAGACACCAAAGCUUAAACACACGUAGCGAAACAGGUCCCAGCUUCUUCCCCGCUGUUAUUAGACUGGACUUCUCAAAUUUCAAAUCUAGUGUUGAUCUCGCCUUCUGUGCAACCUCUCUGCAGCUGUAUUCCUCGGUCUGUUCACCCUGUGGUUUUCGUAUGUUACGAUCCGCCUGUACUGCUCGCAAAACAGAAGUUUUCACUGUGCCUCGGGACGUAUGACAAUUACAAAUCAAAUCCAAUAAA